GGGGGGGGGGGCACGUCAGCAACAACAGCAAGUCAACCCUCCGUGGACGUACGGCACCAAUCCGUGGACCGGCGUUGUCCACGCGUACUCGAUGUCGGUCCCUCGGGCUCCCGCUCCGAGCAUCCUUGGGCCUCGUCCAGCGAGCCAUCAGGCCCUCUUCGCUACGCAGAACGCCGCUCCCUACAGCGGCUACGGGGCCGCGCCUCCACCCGCGCCUGCCUACGGGGCCGCGCCCGCCUACGGCGCCGCCGCCGCCGCGCCAGCCUACGGCGGGUUUUACCCUCCUCAGGUGCCGCCGCCGUGGGACCCGGCCCUUCUCGCCGCCCUGCACUCCGCCCCGUCACCGAGUUCCUACGGUGGCGGUGGUGACUGGUACAUGGACUCGGGCGCCACCGCUCACAUGAGUGCUCAUCCCGGACGCCUGUACACGGAUGGUACUCCACCGAUGUGACAGCCCGGACGAGCUUUACCCGGUGCAUCCCUCUGGCGCCACCACCACCCGUCGUCCCGCCGCCUUCGCCGCUGGUGUCGAUCUUUGGCACGCCCACCUCGGUCACCCCAACUCCACCGUUAUGCGUCAGAUUCUUCAGAGUUUUUCUUUCUCAUGUAAUAAGGUUGACGACCACACUUGUGAGGCUUGCCGUCUUGGCAAGCAUGUUCGUCUCCCCUUUAGCGAGUCUGCAAACAUUUCCACCUUUCCGUUUCAGUUAUUGCAUAGUGAUAUUUGGACGUCCCUGAUUGCGAGCAACACGGGCUAUCUAUACUAUUUGGUGAUAUUGGAUGAUUUUACUCAUUAUGUGUGGACAUUUCCUCUUCGUCGCAAGUCCGACGCUCUUGCCACACUCACCGCUUUUUAUUCCUAUGUCACCACAUAGUUCGGUCGUCCCAUUCUCGCCUUGCAAACUGACAACGGCAAGGAGUUUGACAACGUCGCCGUCCGCAAUCUUCUUGCGUCGCACGACACCAUUUUUCGCCUCACUUGUCCCUACACGUCACAACACAAUGGUCGCGCCGAGCGCGUUAUUCGCACCCUUAAUGACUGUGUUCGCACGUUGCUCUUCCACUCCUACGUGCCUCCUCGGUUCUGGCCGAACGCGCUCGUGACCGCCAGUCUUCUCAUUAACAUUCGCCUAUGUCGUUCG